AUGACUUUGAAGCCCAUCUUCUUUUUUGAUUGCGAUAACUGCCUUUAUAGUAAAAAUCUCAAUGUUCUAUCUUUGAUGAGACAAAAGAUUCAAGAAUAUUUCGUCAAUGAAGUUGGAAUCCCUGCUGAUGAAGUCGCCGCACUGCAAAUGCACUACCAAAAGACCUAUGGUCUGUCUCUGAGAGGCCUUCAGAAGCAUUACUUUGUAGAUCCUCUGGAUUAUGACCACAAGGUCGAUCAGGCCUUGCCAUUAGAUGGCUUGAUUACAAGAGAUGAAGAACUCAUCAAAGUGCUUCGAGGACUCAACUGCAAGAAAUGGGUAUUCACAAAUGCUUAUAGACCUCAUGCUGUCCGAUGUCUGAAGUUACUAGGCAUUGAAAAUGAAUUUGACGGUUUGACCUACACUAACUAUUUACAGCCUGGAUUCAACUGUAAGCCAGAAACUGCUUCAUUUUUAAGAGCCAUGAAAGAUGCUGGCGUUGUUGAUCCCAAGCAAUGCUACUUUGUUGAUGAUUCUGCUCAGAACAUCGACGCUGCAAAGAAAUUGGGCUGGACCACUGUUCAUCUGGCUGACGAUGCAUCCAAAUCAGACCAUGGUGAUUUCCAGAUUGAUAGUAUUCAUGAUUUACCCAAGGUAUUACCCGAACUAUGGGAGCCUACUCGCCAUGAUAUGAAACUUAGACGACAAUCCAUUGGAAUCACCACCGCCGCAUAA